AUGAUCUGGACCCAUCUACCGCAGCGGAGCGACAUGUUUACCGUAUUCGAUGUGAUCCGAAAAGUUGGGGUCAGCAUGGUUGUCUCAGUGACAAAAGUCUUGAAGCUCGUUCAAGGUGGUGAGCUCCUCGAACAAGUCGAAUUCCCUGACCUCCAAGACCAAGUUCGAAUGGACGAAGAACGCGCUCUGUCCCAGCACAUCUCGGACGACCAUCUCCGCGUUCUGGUCAUCGUCAAGAGACCAUUGCUUGCACUACGUUAUUCGCUACCUGAUGGCCAGAUACGCAAGAUACAGAUGAAAUUCCUCCCGUCUUCUGGUUGCGAUGUAGCGCUUGAGAAUUUCAGAGCGGCUGGCUUGCCUAUCAGGGACAAAGAUUUGCCCCAGUUGCAAGGCCAGCAGCGUCCGCCGUCAUCUCAGUCGCAGCCCCGAUCCCAGGAGGGGCCUGAUUCUUUGAACGCCGGUCAAGCUAUUCACCAGCAUUCAUCCCAAGGCGUGUUCCCAGCCUCUUCGCAGCCACUUUCACAGGAGCAUAAUGGGCUUCGGGACGCAGGUUAUGGUGGUAGCAUACCCCCAUCUGCGCAGCUGACAAAGGUCAACAUCCGGCCAACGUCUGCUCCUGGCGGUGUGAAUCAAGACGAGUUCAGCAGGCCUAUCUCAGCUCCAUCCUGGUCAAAUCUGGAUGCCUUUGGGUCUGCUACAACAGUAACCACUGUGCCGACGGUAGCUAAGCCAACAACGCAAUCAGGUCUGCUACCAAGUCCGGUCUUCAACAGAACAUAUGAGCCAUCUGGCAGCUUCCAAAUUCGACCAAUGAGCGCUCCAGAGCAGACACAGACUCAACGAGCUUCCACCAAUACACCCACUCUCUCUCAGAUGCUGCCACCCGAGCGGACUCUUCCCUUUCCCGAGAAGAGGAUACAUCCAUUCAGGAGAGACGAAGCUGCAUCACAGGAGGAGCCAUCCCAAAAGAAACUUGCUGCUACCAAGAUCAAGGCGAAAAGACAGACAAAGCCUCGAGCUCAGCCGGCCAAACCCAGAAAAUCUAGGGCAAAGGCGAAAGCUCCUUCACCUAGUGCAUCUCCGAGGGUUCCAUCCCCAGAAUUGCAGGCCGUACCACCGUCAUCGGAACCGCCAGCGCUACCAAGCAUGAACUCUCGCAAGCGUUCCUUGACAGAUCGGUCCCCGAAUCAACCCAACAAACGGCAAGCACAGACCAGGACCGAGACCGUGACAGAGACCAUAACAGAGGCUCUUACAACUACCAUUCCAGAGCAACCACUGCAAACGCAGCCACCCCAGAUCACAGAUCCAAUCAUCAACAUCAGCAGCCACGGCCUGCUCGACUCCAUCGACAACUUUAUGCGAAAGUACCAUGACCUUCCAGCGCCUAAACCACAUCAGACAGCAAAGGAGCAACUAGCCGAGUAUGCGGCGCAGAGCGACGAGGACAGGGCGAAAGCUGUCGACAACAUGAUUUGUGAAUACAUCAAGAAUGAGGAUUUUGGAAAGCUAAUGGAUGAUGUUGAGGGAUCUUGGAAGAGGAUCGGGUUGGGGCUCUGA